GCACUUUCAUCAGGUUUCUAAAGGGGUUUCCCUGGGCCGAAAGGCCCUGAGGGCAGGCAGGGUCACUCCUCCCAGCCCCUCCCUUCUCUAUCCCUGGAGCUGAGCAGGCGCAGGGUACCCACCUGGGCCGUGGCCCCGCCCCCCACCCCCAGGGGGCUGGGCAUGAGCUUUGCUGGGGACCCUGCCCUGGCUUAGGCAGCCGGCGCUGUGGGCGGGCCCUGGCCUUUCCAGCCCCUGGGCCUCCCCCUGCAUUCUAGAGCCGGAGCCGCUGCCUUCGCCGCUGCCGCUGCUGCGCCACCGCCACCUCUCCUUCUCAGCCUCUGACCGCCCACUGCACCCCCACCCCCAGGCCAGCUGCUCCUCUCACCUGGCCAUGACCCCAGCCCCCCAGGGCCCCUGACCCAGCCCUGAGCCCUGGGACCCCCGGCCCCCUCCCCUGGGCCAUGGCCAACUCGGGCCUCCAGCUCCUGGGCUACUUCCUGGCCCUGGGGGGCUGGGUGGGCAUCAUCGCCAGCACAGCCCUCCCGCAGUGGAAGCAGUCCUCCUACGCGGGCGACGCCAUCAUCACGGCCGUGGGCCUCUACGAAGGGCUCUGGAUGUCCUGUGCCUCCCAGAGCACCGGUCAGGUGCAGUGCAAGCUCUACGACUCCCUGCUCGCCCUGGAAGGUCACAUCCAGUCAGCGCGAGCCCUGAUGGUGGUGGCCGUGCUCCUGGGCUUCGUCGGCAUGGUCCUUAGCGUCAUUGGCAUGAAGUGCACCCGGGUCGGAGACAGCAACCCCAUCGCCAAGGGCCGCAUCGCCAUCUCCGGGGGAGCCCUCUUCCUCCUGGCAGGCCUCUGCACUUUAACGGCCGUCUCGUGGUAUGCCACCCUGGUGACCCAGGAGUUCUUCAACCCAAGCACACCUGUCAAUGCCAGGUAUGAGUUUGGCCCAGCCCUGUUUGUGGGCUGGGCCUCUGCCGGCCUGGCCAUGCUGGGGGGCUCCUUCCUCUGCUGCACGUGCCCGGAGCCCGAGAGAUCCAACAACAGCCCACAGCCCUACCGGCCCGGCCCCUCAGCUGCGGCCCGAGAGCACCCAACCUGCACUCUGAGACCCAGACCCAGACACUCAGAGAGAGGCCGGAUGCAGCAUCCCGCCCACAGGGGCAGGACAACUCCAGACCAGUUGUUAAAUUGUCCGCCUCCGUCAAGGGCCCCCUGGGUGUGUAAUGUCCAGGUCCCCAGCCUGGCUCUGUCCCCCUGCUCACCUAGACUAUGUGUUUGGUAUUUUUUCAAAAGAGAAGUGAACAUCCAGCCCCAAGUGUGGUGUCAUUUGGUCUGUCCCCAGCAUGGCUAGGUUGGGGGCUGGCUCAGAGAGGUCAGCACUGGUCCCUGGGGUCCUUGGGCAUAAAGCUUGGGUGACAGAGGUCCAGGGUGGGAUACACAGAAUACCCAAGGCUGAUCAGGAAAGAAUUCAGGGCCCCUGCCCCCUGCCCAGCCUGGCUUUGGGCCUGACACCAGGCUCUCCUUGAAGGGAGACCCCACCUGAGGACUGGCCCUGUCUGAACAGAGACACAGCCCGCCCCUGUUACUCUGCCUCCCUGGGAGGCCCUGCAGCCAGGUGCUGGGGAUCAGAGCCAGCGUGAGGGGACACUGGAGGAGCUCGCCAAGUGGAGAGAGACCAGGGGAAGGACGUUAGGGCCUUUCAGGCUUUGGGAUUAUCCUGAGCAAGGUUGGAAGCCCCCAGCUCUGCUCCCACAGCAAUGCUGCCCCUUUCUCCCACCCCUCUUCUUGCUGUCCAGUCUGCUGAGGUCCUGCUGCAUCCCUGCCCUGGAACCAAAGGAGGGAGGGGGCGGCCUGAGGCUGCCUGAGACUGUUGCUGGAGCUCCAUCCUCACCCAGAGGUGCAGUCAGAGCUGCAAGGGCUUUUGGUCCUGAAGUAUGGGUACCACCCCCUUAGUUUAGAAGCUGGAGAUGCCCUCAGAGGAAUGUAGGGAACUUAACCGGAUCAGCCCUGCCCCUCAUGCUCAGGCCUCUCCCACCCCACCUCUCCUCCCUGGACCCUGAGUCUCUCUCUGGCCACUGCCCCCUCUCGCUUCCAUCUGGAAAGAGCUAUUUAUAACCACCCCUUGACUUCCCCAUGGCCGCCUCAGCCAGCUCUGUUCUGGCUUCCUCCACCACCUGUCUCGUGAUCACAUCUCCCACCAAGUCACCAAAUCCCAAGGACACAGCUCAACCUUCUCCCUGGAGCUCGACUCUGAGAGGUGAAGUAAGGCAAGAUGACUGUCGCCCAUGCUCCGACCAAGGUUGGGGACGGGAGGAGAGAAGCGAUCAGUGGAGCUGCUGUGGGAUUGUCCGCACAGUGACCUGGGCCUGCCAGCUGCAGCGCGUCCACGGGGGCGCCUCAGGAGCAGCCAUUUCAUGCAGCCCAUCCAGCCUCUGGCCAGAGGAGGUGGGCACCUGACCCUAAAUGGGUUCACCAGAGUCCUGCCCCUCAAAUGAUGAAUGAGAACUACAAAAGAGUCGCUUGGGGUGCCCGAGCUAUAACACAGCGGUUCUCAGCCCUGGGUGGGUGUCUGAGUCACUUGGAGAGCUGAGGCCCAGCCUCCCUCCCUGGACAUCCCAGCUUAAUUGGCCUGGGGUGGACCUGGGUAUCUGGGUCCAGGCAGCCCCCAAGGGCAGCGAGGUGUGGUCAGCACUGAGGGCACUUCUGUGGGGCCUAAAGCUCAGGGCUGUGAGGGUCUCAGGGGAGAAAGGCGUCUCCAAGAAGAGGCGAGGAGAGGAAAGGCCUGUCUCCUUGUGCCCUUCCUGAGACCAGGCUGUUCUGAGAGAUUCCCACAUCCUCCCAAUAAACAGAUCCCAUGCCGCUGAA